AUGAGUAACCAGCAGCAGCAAAGCGCACCAGCACCAGCACCAGCGCCAGCACCAGCUCCAGCUCCAGCUCCAGCUCCAGCUCCAGCUCCAGCUCCAGCUCCGGCACCAGCUCCAGCACCCUACCCACUGCCUACGCAGCGACCGCGGAAGAACAUCUGGCUCCAAGGCCACGGUGCGUCCCCCGCCGAGUCCCGUCCAUCCCCUCUCCUUUGCCAAAAGAUGCCCGCUGACAAGUUCCAACGCCUAGACCCGAUCAUCGGGCUCAAACGCAGGAAGAAAGAUAGGAACUGCAGCAACUGGAGGUUCGAGAUCGAUAAUAAGUGGCUCAGGCACCCUUUCUGGGGAAGGGGACGAGAGGUCGUUUUCGUCGUCGGGUCCCGCGAGCGGGAGGGUGAAAGUGAGCUUGUGGAGCUUGUGGAGGUUUUGGUAGCGGAGGGUCGCGGCGUGGGUGACUUGACCGUCGGGGUCGGAGUGAUCGUCGGAUUGUGGACGCAAUGGUAUACCGAAGCAAGCCCACGCGAACCCCUCGUCCGGCGGCGCCCAAGUCAGAGCCCGUGUCAAACUCUGCCCCCAUCGCGCAUCGGAACAGCGUACCGUCUCAGAACAUACUACGUACCUGGCUAUACCGCGACUCCCAACAAGCCUGGUGGGAGAGGCAUUUCAGCCGUCCAGCCACGCUCCCUAGCCAAGCGUCUUGCUGCCCGAUCCUCUCAGACUUCCCUUGACUUCCACCGUGUGCCCCUCGCUUCACUCCUUCAAAAGAGUUCAGUCGGCAAAGACAAAAUGAGACCAGAUGGGAGAACCUACUCCGUACAAGAUUCGCCCUCCCGUUCUUUCGUCCACCCAACAUCUAGCCAGCAUGAUCCGAAUCUCCUAGGAUUCCUAGAGAUCUCAUACCUACCCGCCGGAAACCAAGGAAGCCGGGCUCUCGAAUGGGAUGUUUCUCCAUCCAAGCGGAUAUGCCUCGGCGCCUCCUCCACGAAUCUGAUCCUCGUCUCUUCCAGGCAGGGUCUGAUUUUCAAUCAGUGUCUCUUCUUCGGCUCUCUCUCUCUCUCUCUCUCUCUGCCUCUCUCGGCGAUCAUGUCUCCCGCGACGAUCGGUGGCUUCUCCAAGCCAGGCGACCUUUCCCUUCUUCUUCCGCCAUCGCAUCCUCCGCAGCCCAAGCAGCCUUUGCAAAGACCAAGAGACACUUCUGAAUGCCAUUCGCAGCAUCGGGACAGCCCUCACAGGCGAAGAAGUACAAACGAAAUGCAGAGGUCCCAAGCACAGAAACUCGAUACGGAAUGGGGAUACACUCUACCUCUCGACGCAAAGGAGGAUGACUGCGAAACGGGGAGAGCGAUAAUACCACGGGAGAUCAGCGCUGGAGAAGACGAGUACGAGAGAUGCGGAGGUAUACAAGAGGCUCAAGAAGGAGGAACACCUGCAGAAUCCGGGGCGGAUGCUUGCAGAUGCUUAGGCAAGUCUGGUGCAAGUCGCAAUGAGUGGUUUGCUUGGAUGAUGCCGGAAACAUCGAAGAUCACAGAAGCACUCAGAGGCUCUCUGUACUGUACUGCUAAUACCAAGCGGAUGCAAUUAGUAGCGAUGGUGAUGAGAGUGCUGAUCGCGGCCGGCUCUUCUCCUCGUACCCUCUGCCAGUACUCGGACACAGCUACGCUUCUAAGCUAG